AUGAUUGAUGAUGAAGAAAUGCGGGAAUUGUAUCCGCAACAAUGGCAACUUCCUCCUUCCGAAUCAGUAAACCAGGUACUUGUGCAACAAGGACUCAAACAUCGCGAUGCAUUGAAUCUUGCACGAAAUGGAGAUAGUGCUAUAAAAAAGAAAUUAGAUGAUUGGUCAACCAUAAUAGAAUUACUUGGGGCAAGUCAACAAGAAUUAGUCCGUGCAGUUCCUUCAAGUCAGGGUCAAGCUGAAGAUCCCAGUGCAACCGAACUUAGGAGUCUAUACAAUGAAGUUCAGCGAAUGAUGAGUAAUCGAAAAGAACGAAUCCAAGAAGCUCAAAAGUUUGGACAUUCGGACGAUAUCGGUCCUGAUCUUCGGAAGGAAGCUGCCAAAAUAACCUCGAAAGGCAUCGGGGUCAAGAUCGAGUCUGCCCAUUUCGAAGACUUUUUCGCACAGCGUCUAGCGAGAUAUGAACCUUUCCUGCAAAUGGUAAAACAAGAGACUGAGAAUCAAGAAAACUUAAUUAAUUCGAUUAUAGAAUUAAAUCACCUUUUGCGCGAAUCACGGCAACACUCAGAUGCUAACUCGGCACGUGUUAAGGCCUUGCAAAACUUGGAAGCUGGAUACGAUAAAUUCAAAGAAAUACUUAAAAAUAUAAGAGAAGGAGAACAGUUUUAUCGAACCUUCGAAAUUCCUCUCACCGAAUGGAAAAAUGCUUGUCAAAAAUUCGUAGAGAGCCGAAAGCAUUAUGCUGAAAAUCAUCUAGAUCAGCUCGUAAAGUCGUUGUCCUCCAUGAGUAUUUCAAAUCAACAGCAACCACAACCAUCUGCACCUCCUGCAUCGGAAAUGCAUACACCUUCAAAACCAGUUACCGCACGGGGUGUUUGGACUUCAGGUAGUCCUGUUAAAUUUAUGUCGUCUUCUCAGGUGAAUCAGAGACCUCCAUCCCAACCUUCAUCACCCAGUUCUCCAUGGACUCGUGGUAUGCCCGUAUCCUUUACAUCAUCACCAUCUACCGACCAACGCCAACCUAAUAAUCCAACCCCUGCCAAAGGCUGGCAUAAAGGGCAAGGGAUUCAAUUUAGUGAGAGGGGAUCUUAG